AUGUCACAGGUGGAAGGCACCCACCACCAAGGCGGAUCCCUGUUUGUCUCGCCUGACAGUCUCAUGCUCAACAAUGGAUUGAGCGCUGCUCGUACUGUUCAUGAACAUCGUCGUCCCGGCGCAAAUGCACAAUCACAUCAUCAAACUGUUUGGGCGGCGCAAACACAUCAUGAAAGACCUGUGAUUCCACUGCACUCUGCAUCCGAGUGGUCGAUUCCUACCCAGAGCUCCUUUCGCCAUAAUCUGCCCCCCACACCCAUCUCGCCAUUCAGACCUUUAGACCCAUUAUCUGAGGAUGCCAAAGCCGCAUUUCCAUGUACGGGGACAGCUGAAGAUUGCUGGAACCUGGAGCUGUGCCCCAAGCAUAGACAAUGGCCGAAGGUGGAGCAGCCCCCAACUCCUCCAGAACACAUGCCGUCGAGACCAAUGCCACACAACCCACGCCAAAGAAGUGCGCCCGCAUCGGACUUGGAGCCACCGCCAGCCAAGAUGAAGCGCCAGGUGACAGAGCCAGAGGAGGCAGAUCCAGAGAUCUCCGGCCGUUUCCAGCAUUCAUGCAUGUCCAGAGACGCCCGCGUAAACGUGCCCCGUGGCAGAGUCCCUCACAACCUUGUAGAGCGUCGCUACCGCGACAAUCUUAACAACCAGAUCGAAGCAUUACGCUUGACACUUCCAUCCUUGCGAGAUGCCCAGCCUUGUCUCGACGCGCUUGAGGAUCCUUCAGGUCCACGGAUGCCUUCCAAAGCGGUCAUCAUAUCUACUGCGGCGAGCUACAUCCGAGAUAUGGAGAAUGAAAGGGCGAGAUUACUGGCGGCCAAUACGGCGCUGCAAGAGCAGGUCAGUAGCUUGAAGAAGCUGGUGGGUUGCGAUGACUGCUCAAUCUUGCAGUAUCUGAAUGCCAUGCAGCUGAAUGCCCAUGCGAUGGGUGGUCCGGGGCUACCAACGCCGAGCUAA